AUGGCGGGAAAUCCGCCUGAGGGACUUGGAGACGAUUUCUUUGAGCAGAUCUUGGCUGUGCCACCGUCUUAUAGUACUGGUGGUGCUGACUCAGCUGGUGGUGGGUAUGGAGAUGUGGGGUCCAUGCCCAUGGUGCUGCAGCUAGGCUCUGGUGGGUCUUCUUCAGCUGCUGCUGCUGGUGGUGGUUCUGGUGGCGGAGGGUACAGAGGAGUUGGGAUGGGGAUGGGUAUGCCUCUGGGGUUAAAUUUGGAGCAGGGAGGGUUUAUUGGGCAAGAGAGGUUCAGAGAACUGAGAGAAGAAGUUGAAGCCAAUACUAAUAACAAUAUUAACACUUCCAAUGUUUCUGCUUCUGUCAGCUCUGCAAUGAAUGAAAGAGAUUCUGUUCAUAUGACAAAUUUGUUUCCAGCGUUUGGACACUUGCAAAAUCACUCACUCCGGCCAACGCCAGCCCCUCCGCAACCUCACCAGUUUCAUAGCCAACCAUCACCAGGCCCAGUUGCUGCUGUCCAUCACCCUCCUGCCAUCCGCCCAAGGGUCCGAGCAAGACGUGGCCAAGCAACAGAUCCCCACAGUAUUGCUGAGCGGUUACGCCGGGAAAGAAUUGCAGAAAGAAUGAAGGCUUUGCAGGAAUUGGUACCCAGUUGUAACAAGACAGAUAGGGCAGCUAUGCUUGACGAAAUUGUGGACUAUGUGAAAUUUCUAAGGCUCCAAGUGAAGGUAUUGAGCAUGAGUAGACUUGGGGGAGCAGGUGCAGUGGCUCAGCUUGUUGCUGAUGUACCCCUAUCAGCAGUCGAGGGAGAGGGCAUUGAAGGAGGAACCAAUCAACAAGCAUGGGAGAAGUGGUCUAAUGAUGGAACAGAGCAACAAGUAGCUAAGCUGAUGGAGGAGGAUGUAGGAGCUGCCAUGCAAUUCCUUCAGUCCAAGGCACUCUGCAUCAUGCCAAUAUCACUUGCCCCUGCGAUCUUCCGGACACAUCAACCGGACGCAACGACACUGGUCAAGCCAGAAUCAAACUCCUCUUCAUAG